GUGGAAUCGGCGGCGGCGGCGGCGGCGGCGAGGAAAGGUGGCAGCGCGCGAUGCAGGGGGCGCGGCACGUUGUGUGUGCCGUGUCGGGCGGGGUGGACAGCGCUGUGGCCGCGCUGCUGCUGAGGCGGAGAGGUUACCAGGUGACAGGGGUGUUUAUGAAGAACUGGGACUCGCUGGAUGAGCAUGGAGUUUGCACGGCUGACAAAGACUGCGAAGAUGCUUACAGAGUUUGCCAAAUCCUAGACAUCCCCUUCCAUCAAGUGUCCUACGUGAAGGAGUAUUGGAAUGAUGUGUUCAGUGAUUUUUUAAAUGAAUAUGAAAAAGGAAGAACUCCCAAUCCUGACAUAGUCUGCAACAAGCAUAUCAAAUUCAGUUGUUUUUUUAAUUAUGCUGUGGAUAAUCUUGGAGCAGAUGCAGUCGCUACGGGUCACUAUGCAAGAACGUCCCUGGAAGAUGAAGAGGUCUUUCAGCAGAAGCACAUUAAGAGGCCAGAAGGGCUUUUCAGAAAUCGAUUUGAAAUUAGAAAUGUGGUAAAACUUCUCCAAGCAGCUGACAGCUUUAAAGACCAGACCUUCUUUCUCAGCCAGGUUUCCCAGGAUGCCCUGAGGAGAACCCUCUUCCCCUUGGGGGGAUUAACGAAAGAUUUUGUAAAGAAAAUAGCUGCUGAGAAUAGACUUCAUCAUGUGCUUCAGAAAAAAGAGAGCAUGGGCAUCUGUUUCGUUGGUAAAAGAAAUUUUGAAAAUUUCAUUCUUCAGUAUUUACAGCCUCGACCUGGUAAAUUUAUUUCUAUAGAAGACAAUAAAGUUCUGGGAACGCAUAAAGGUUGGUUCCUGUAUACUUUGGGCCAGAGAGCCAAGAUAGGUGGCUUACGGGAGCCCUGGUACGUGGUGGAGAAGGACAGCGCCAGGGGCGACGUGCUCGUGGCCCCCCGGACAGACCACCCGGCCCUGUACAGGGACCUGCUGCGGACCGGCCGCGUGCACUGGGUGGCGGAGGAGCCGCCCGCAGCCCUGGUCCGCGACAAGAUGAUGGAGUGCCACUUCCGGUUCCGCCACCAGAUGGCGCUAGUGCCCUGCGUGCUGACCCUCAAUCAAGACGGCACUGUGUGGGUGACGGCCGUGAAGGCCGUGCGGGCUCUCGCCCUGGGACAGUUCGCUGUGUUCUACAAAGGGGGCGAGUGCCUGGGCAGUGGGAAGAUCCUGCGCCUGGGGCCAUCCGCCUACACACUCCAGAAGGGCAGGAGCACACCCAGUAUGGCCGUGGAGGGCUCCGGCAGCGGCCGGGGUGACAGCCCGGGCCGGGGGCCCACGCUCUGACAGAGGCCGAGCGGCUGCUGCGGAGCUCGCGGGAGGAGACGUGGAGGAGCGGAGCCAGGGGCAGGGCCGCCGGGGGCUCGGCCACUGCUGCCGGCACCUGCCGCCCCAGUCCUGGCCCGGCCGGCCCAGCUUCCGGGCCGCUUCAGAGCCAGGGAGAGCCCGUCCUCUCUGCUCGCUGGCCGGCGGGUCUGUCCCAAGUGCCCCAUGGGUGGAGUUCCUCUUUCGCACCCCCUAGAAGGGGACCUGUGGAGGGGGAUGGCUGGGCUGCAGGGGCAGCACCCAAUAAAAGCUCUGUCCGGGGUGUGGAUUCUGACGGCUUCCAGUGGGGUGGGGCCUGGGUGGGCCGUCCCGGGGGCUUCACGGCACUGGCCACGUGUGGGGAGGCGGGUGUGUGCGCUGCACGGGAGAGCGAUGGAAUCCCCCCUUCCUCCGCCUCCGUUCACGGCUGUGCCCACCCUUACCUGUGGCAGAGGACGUGUGACGGGCCUUGAGCUGAGUCCCAGCCUGCAGGGUGUCUGAGGGGGACAGUGGGGCCUUGAGGCCACUCUGAGGGGCGGCGGCUCUGCCCCGAGUCCAGGCAGCUGCGUGGGAGCCUCCCCUCCCCCUGCAGAGUGCCCGGCACCCUGGCCAGUCACAUCGAGAGCUGAAGGGUAGCUUAUAGACAAGGGAAGUUUAUUUCUCACGGUUGUGGAACCUGGAAGUCUGAGGUCAGGGUGCCGGCUCCGACGGGGGAGGGUCCUCUUACGGGUGGCCGGUGGCCGUCUUCUCGCUGUGUCUUCGUGUGGUGGAAGGGGCAGGGGUUUUUCUGGGACCCCCCCACCCCCAGCCAUGCCGCGCAGCUUGUGGGAUCUCCGUUCCCCCACCAGGGACUGAACCCGGGCCCUUGGCAGUGAAAGUGCUGCAUCCUAACCACUGGACCACCAGGGAGCUCCCUGCGGCCUCUGAAGAACACCUGUCCACUUCGUGAGGGCCCCACCCUCAAGACCCAAUGGCCGCCACCACCUCAGGGCUAGGGUUUCAACCUGUGCCCUUCGGGACACAAACACACGCCAUAGAGCAUGUGCGCGUUUAGUGCGGCGGGCGGCUCGCCGGGCGCUGAGUGGCAGAUGAGAGCACCUUCGGAGCUGGCUCUGGCCGCGGGCAUCUUGGGGUGGCCGUCGUCCUGCCGUGGGCGGUUGAAAGGCCCGCUGCGGAGCCACCGCAGGACUUGGAGGCGGGAGGUUUGGAGAUGCUCCACCGGGCCUCCCCCGGGGGCGCGGUCAGCUGGGUCAGGCGGGGGUUGGCCCCGUCUGGGGAGCCGCCACAGUGGGAGGAGGGGCGGGUGGAGGCAGUCAGCAUGGACACAGGCCAGCAGAGGGGAGGCCGCCCUUCUAGCCUCCAGACGGCUCUUCCCGUCCUGCCAGCCCGACGCCAGGCCUCCAGCCAGGUCGGCCAGUGGAGGCGGGAGGAGGGAGCACAAGCCUGCCGCUGCCCCCGGGUCACCAGCUCUCACCCUUGGCUGCGCCCAUGGCAGCCUCCGGGCCGCAGUACCACCUUCUCUCUGGGGGCACAGCUGACAGACUCUGGGAGGCCUCUGGGCAACGCCUCAGAGACUCAGGUGUAGCUGUUGGCCGGGGGGCACCACUGGGCCGAGUUCGUGGCCUGGGCCUCUGGCUUCCCCCGGACUCCAGGGCUGCACCCCCAGGUGACCUUCAGAGGGGCUGGGGCUGAGAAGUGGGUGGGCUUCCCCUCUCUCUUUCCCACACAGGGGCCCUGCUGCCAGGGCCCGGUCACUCCCACACCAUCGAUAACGAGAGGAGGGGCCAGAGCCGGAUGCUUUCACGCACCAACUCCCGGCCUUUGAUGUAAACAAGAGCUUCCCCGCACCCACCCCCUCCCGCCGCCCCCCCUCUCCUCUCCCCACAUCAUUUCCAGGAUAAUCUCAGCGAGACAGACCCUAGAACUGGGCCUGUGCUUCGCUCCUAGAAGGCUCGGGUCAGGGUCAACCCCCGGGGCCUGUCUUCUGCCCACGUCCCCAGAAGCCUUUGCAAGCCCCGGACCUCCCUGCACCCCCAGUGUCUACAGGGAGGGAGCCUGGAGUGAGGCCACAGCGUGAUGUGAGGGAGCACUUACUCCUACAGCUGGGACGGGGGAGGCUUGUUGUUUUUGUGGCCUGGACGGCGUUCAGAUGUUCAGUGUUCACGUCUGUGUUUCUGUCUCGAUCCCGCGGGUCCUGGAGUGGCCUUGGCUAGAGGUUGGUAUGGAGUGCAAUUAUUUACGUCCACGGGAGGCCACCCAGGCCCAGCGGACGCACCUGCUCCCUUCAGCCGGGGGCUACUCUCCUCACGUGUCCCCUUUAAGCAGCACUUUUGGCUUGAGAUGGUGGUAUUCUAUCACGUUCAUGACCGGGCACUCUUGACCGGUGAAUGUUAGCAGGGGAACAGGGGAGGGAGCAGAACCUGAGAGUGACCUUUGGGGGUGGGGCGUUCAUGGGUGGUUUCCCUCUUU